AUGCCACCACGGCUGUCCAAACGGAUGAGAAUUGAAACGACAAGGGCGAGCGAAAGUAGAACGGCAAGGGCCAGAGAGCAGCGGCCAAUAAUGAAUAAUGGCCCAUCAGAACCGGUGCAAACCAAUUCGGAGGUCACACAACCAUCAAGGUCAACUGCGUCAUCUCCACAUGCCAUAUGCAUAGACGAUAUUCCUCCAGCAGUCCCAUCGGUCCACAACAUGCUAUACAAACAAAAAGUGUGGUUAGUGGGGUCCUCAAUACUGAGGCAUGCUCAGUUAGAAGCAUUUUUAAGACCUGGAGGUCUUCACCUCAACUUGAAAAGGCUAAAUAUUUCUUUAUGGUGGCAGGGGUACAGUGGCCUGAAAUUGUCUCAAGUAGAACAGAAGCUUAAAACCCUCGCAAAGGUGGGUCCUGCACCUAAUGUCAUUUUAAUGUCACUUCAAUUAGAAAACUAA